UUCAUUCAAAAAGCUGCUCGAUAAGGAGAGUGCACCUAUACGAGGACACAUCAGCAAGUUAUUGUUCACAACUUUGGCUGAUGUGAAGAACAUCUUGCCGUACUAUGGGUUUGCAGAUGAAUGCAAAGUCUUAUUGUAAUAUAAUAACUCAGCUAAGAUCUCAAUCAAGGCUGCUCUGGAGCGAAAAUGAAAAUAACUUUCUUACUGCCAUUAUAGAUGAACGUGGAGUUGAGUUGUUUCGCCUCCAUAAAAGCAAACUAUGAAUCAGAAAUUUAGCAAUAAUUUCAGAGGAAACAAAAGAACCACUCGGAAUUUCUGAGCUGAAAAGACUAGCGAGUUCUCAAGACUAUAAGCUGUUCCAUUUGGCCUUUUAUUUCCAAUACUUUGAAGCUAUUGAUGGGCUUAAAGCUCUUAUUGAUUUCCUCGAAAAGAUCGACCUCAAAGCCCUGUCAAUCUCUAAGAUUUGCUCUAGUUUUGAAGAAUACUAUGAAUAUGAUGAAUAUUCUGAUGGCGAAGAUUCUGAUGGAAUCCUAACAUAUCAGCAGAAGCAACUAGACCUCUUAUCCAAAGUUGCUACUCUAUUGGGCAAAGAAGUGGUGAAAGUCCAAGAGGGUGGGCUAACAUGCUUCAAAUUCCCAAAGCCUUUUGACAUUAUAAGUGAUGAACCUAUUCAACCUAUUGAUGGAGCAGAAGACUUAGCAAUAUGCGGAAAUAAUUUUGAUGAAAACAUCUCUAUUGAGGAGAAAUUCCUCUCAAAGUUACAGUCUGAUAAUUAUUUAUCUUUCGAAGAACUUUGUGAUUAUUAUAACCAAGCUUUAGAAGUCAUGACCCCUCGAGCUUUGUUUCACAAACUUGAGGACUGCGGAUUAAGAAUUAUACUGCCCGAGGUUAAAAACAGUGAUGAAGCUUUAGCUUUUGACAAAAUCAAGAAAUUCUUCACACAAUUAUUCGAAAAGGUCAAGAAUAAUGAGAGUUCUCAGGAAAGGAAAGAUCUGAAACUGCCUAAAGUCGAUCUAGCGUAUUUAUUUGAGCAGGAGUACAUUGAAUAUGAAGAAAAAUUGAAAGCUCUAGAAUUCACAUCAAGUUGCUUUCAUUCCAUUCAAAAUAUUUGAGUUGUCAAAUCUCUGUACAUCAACAAUAACACUCUACCUCCCUAGA